AUGACUCCCGAUAUUCACCACUUAUCCGGCAAUUUUGAUCUCGUUUCCGAGUCUCUGGGCCCAGACGAUCCUCCACACACCUACAGGAUAGCGAUGGUUGACCCAAAGUAUCCACUAUCCCCUAAAUAUCUUCCUGUCAUAAGAACCCUCCAUCUCUCACCAAACCACACAAUUGAUCCGCCAUCCCAGAGGAUGCUCGAGCUACACCGGUCAAUUGCGACGAUACUUCAUCUCAGCGGUGCAAGAGACACGGAGGAGCCAUGCGUACCCAGCGAUGGGUCACAUUAUCUCGGAGAAUUGCUUUCAUUAAAGCUCAACGGCUGGAUUGGCGAACAACGUCUUACAUAUUAA